GCCUUGGUGCAAGUCGGUGUCAGCGUGGACCAGUGAUGCAGCAGUUAGUGACGUCAUAACGGCACUUGAAAAAUCUCCCGUGUGCCGCACCGACCCACCGAACCGACCACUCAUCAAUCGUGUAAAACAAUAACAUAACCUCAACCUCAUCAGUCAGCCCAGCCUCAGCCCUCAGGCCUCAGCCAGCAAGCACACAGCGCAGCCAGCCCAGCGGCCAGCAGACUAAGAACCCCCCUUAUUUUCGGUGAAGUUUCAUCAUGGGAAAAGCUGGGUAUAAGAGAUUUAAAAAGCAAGAAAAAGCCAAAGUUAAACUGAAAGGGAACAAAACUAUACUACCGAAGGGUCAAAAUGUAACAGAUACAAACUUCAAAGUGAAGAAAAUCAUUGUAAAAGAGCAGUUAAAAGAACAUGGAGAAAACGAGUUACUCACUAAAAAGCAUUUAAGUAUUAAGGAGUUGAUAUCUCGUCUGAGCCACCACAACUCUGGUAUGAGACAAGAGGCUCUGGCUGGUCUGAGAGAGCUGAUAGUAACUCAUGGGUCAGACAUUAUACUACCCUCACUGUCUCCCAUGCUACAGGCUGUCAUGGGCCUCACAGUGGACAAGGAGAGCGACGUCCGUACAGAUACUAUCAAACUGCUGGCAGCUGUCUUUACUCGGGUAGAAGAAGAUGAGCUGGCACCUUUAUACCCUUCUGUUGUUUGUCACCUAACCUGCGCGAUGACCCACAUAGAGCCAGCUGUACGUAACGACUCGCUAUUGCUGUUAGACACAAUGUUGGCAACACUGCCAAGACUGACAGCCAAUCAUACGCAAGCACUGCUGCCACACUUCCUGGACUUAAUAUCACACCGAGGCGGAGACACGGGGACCCGAGCGCUCUCUCUACACCUAGAGGGGAAGGUUACAUCAGACAAGUGGCGAGGCAAAGUCAUUGGACGAUUGAACAAACUGUUCACUGUGAUUUCAGAACACUCUGUGGGAAGUAAAAAAGAGAAAAAACAAUCAGUGAAAUGGCCAUAUGACAGACCUUUAUAUGUUGGUCUUUAUGAUCCAAUUUCACAAAAUAAUAACUCCAAUCUUGAAGAAGCUGCUUUGAGUCUACCAAUUAAGGACUACACAACCCUACUGAUGCCUCUUUUACUUGACACAUUCAUUGAAGCUGUACCUAAACAAGACCUUGAAGAUCCUGAAACUGGAUGUGUAAUAGGCGCUGACUCAUUAGCCAUUUUACAAACCAUUGUUGAAGUUGUGUUGCAUCUUUGGAACCUGUUAAAACUAUCUUCGUUGGAUGAAAACUUAUCCGACUGGUUUGUCAAGACCUGGGGCAGUUCUGUGGUGACCAGGAUGUUGGUAGGAAGGUUCCCGUACGCUCUCUCUGCAGGCAACCGCAAGAGACAACGUAACGCAUCCCACGUGUUGUCAGCUCUACAAGUCACCAAGGAACAGUCGUGUCUGUUGCUCAAUCUGCGACUCUGCCUGCUAACUUUCCUGCUCAGCAAGCCUGAUGAUUUGUGGACAAGAUGCAUUGGGUUUAUCAAAUGUAGUUUAAGAGGAGGGUCGUCACUGCAGUCUGAUGAGAAGGAUGUGCUCUGCCAAUGUCUAGAGGCUACAUCAGAAUCUUGUGACUCUACUCUGCUGGGAGUCUUGUCUAACUGUGGGAUACUCAGUGACCCCGACAACACACGGGCUGCAGACUUCCUAACCAGGAUUGCUCUCAGGUUCACUCAUCCUCUACACAGUGAUAAACACUUCACAACGUGGCUGGACUCCCUGCCAGGCCUGCUGUGUCGUCCGUCCGUGCCUUUAUCAGCUGUUGUGAAUGUCGCCAACAUCGCCAGGUGUAAACACCCAGCACUCGUCAACAGUCUGGAUGGCUGGAUAGAGGAAAUAUUGGCUAAUCUUCCAAGUAUAAAAGUCACUGGAGACAAAAACGGAGACGGCAAGAAAAUGAUAGCGAACCUGUUGUACUGGGUUACUGACUUUGACGAGUUGAUUGUCAAAACUCUGCGGGAGCUGAUAGAAGGAGAGAAGCUCAGCAGAGAAGUGACAAACCAUCUAGCAAACAUUGUCUUGUUGAAGACUGAAAACAUUGAAGAUGACAGUGAAAAGAGAAUGUUUGGGGAAAUAUUGUGUAAAGUGUAAUAAACAUUUAUACCUUUUUAA